GCGAAGUGGGAGAAACUCCCCCCGGCUCGCUCGGGGGACUGGGGGGAGUGAGGGCUUUUUUUUUGCUUUUUUUUCUCUCCCCCCCGAAGCCACGUAGCAGCAGGUGACUGGAGCCCGCCCGGUCCCGGCCGUGGCUGGGUGUGCAUGCGGCGCGCUCCCUCCUCCUCUCCCCUCCCGCCCCCCGGCUCAUUCUUUAUACCGGGGGAGCGUGUGCACUGCGGUCCUUGCUCUGGGAAUUGCUGCUGCGCUUCCGAUUCGUCAGGGACUUUCCAAUCACCUGCCUCUGCCACCCUCUCCUCUGCUCUCUUUGUACUUUAUUUUCACGUGCUCUUUACUAACACGGCUAUUUCUAAAUCCCGCUUGGAUUUAUUUCGUCCUCUCGCUUUUUCAUAAUCUUUUUUUUUUUUUUUCUUUUUCUGCUGGGGGCGGAUGGCGGAGGGGAGCCCGCCGCCUGCAUCUCCCUAAGGGCAGCAUCCCGGCAGCCAACCCCGCGCCGCCGCAGCCGUCCAUUCAUUUUUAUGGUCACGGGCAGCCUAUCCCGGUAGCAGAAGGUGCAGAGAAGUGGGGUAGCAGAGAGCGAGCGAGGGAGAGACCCGCGCGGCAAGAAUGGCCGAGAGAAAGAGGAACUGGAAUAAAGAAGACGACCUGCCUGUGUAUCUGGCCCGGCCGGGGACCACGGCGCAGACACCGCGGCAGAAAUACGGGGGGAUGUUCGCCUCGGUGGAGGGGGCCUACGAGAACAAAACCAUCGACUUCGACGCCUACAGCGUGGGGAAGAAGGGAUCGCGCACCCCGCGGAGCGGCAGCCGGCACGAUAUGCUGGACGGGGGGGACAACUACAGCGAGACCGCCAGCGACAUCAGCGAGGUGUCGGGCUCCGUCAUCAGCUCCCCAGGGGAACGGGAGGACAAGACUCCGGGCGUGGAGAUCCGCUUCCCGCUGGGGAAGGAGCUGCUGCAGGGUCCCGACAAUGGGCAGAGUGACCGACUACUCAUUAAAGGUGGAAGAAUUAUCAAUGAUGACCACUCCUUCUAUGCGGACCUAUACCUGGAAGAUGGACUUAUAAAGCAAAUAGGAGAGAAUCUGAUUGUUCCUGGAGGAGUCAAGACCAUAGAGGCUAAUGGGCGCAUGGUUAUCCCUGGGGGAAUAGAUGUCAACACUUACCUACAAAAGCCCUACCAAGGAAUGACUACUGUUGAUGACUUCUAUCAAGGCACAAAAGCAGCAGUAGCAGGAGGCACCACCAUGAUCAUUGACCAUGUGCUUCCAGAGCCUGGAUCAAGUUUACUGACAUCCUUUGAGAAGUGGCACGAGGCAGCUGACACCAAAUCUUGUUGUGAUUACUCUCUCCACGUGGACAUCACUAGCUGGUAUGAUGGGAUUCGAGAAGAGCUGGAAGUACUGGUGCAAGACAAAGGUGUUAACUCUUUUCAAGUCUACAUGGCCUACAAGGAUCUCUACCAAAUGUCUGACAGCCAGCUUUAUGAAGCCUUUACCUUUCUAAAAAGUCUUGGGGCUGUCAUCCUGGUGCAUGCUGAAAAUGGAGACUUGAUAGCUCAGGAACAAAAGCGCAUCCUGGAGAUGGGAAUCACGGGACCGGAGGGACAUGCCCUGAGCAGGCCUGAGGAGCUUGAAGCAGAAGCAGUUUUCCGUGCCAUCACCAUUGCCAGUAGAAUAAACUGCCCAGUGUACAUCACCAAGGUGAUGAGUAAGAGUGCAGCUGAUAUCAUUGCACUGGCCAGAAAGAGAGGUCCCCUUGUUUUUGGAGAGCCGAUCACUGCCAGCUUGGGGACAGAUGGGACACAUUACUGGAGCAAAAACUGGGCCAAGGCUGCAGCUUUUGUGACCUCACCACCUCUGAGCCCUGAUCCUACCACUCCAGAUCACUUAAAUUCACUUUUAGCAUGUGGGGACCUGCAGGUGACGGGAAGUGGACAUUGCCCUUACAGCACUGCCCAGAAAGCCAUUGGAAAGGACAACUUCACUAUGAUUCCUGAAGGGGUCAAUGGAAUUGAGGAGAGAAUGACUGUUGUCUGGGACAAGGCUGUAGCCACAGGUAAGAUGGAUGAAAGCCAAUUUGUAGCUGUCACCAGCACCAAUGCUGCCAAAAUCUUCAACCUGUAUCCAAGAAAAGGCCGGAUUGCUGUUGGAUCAGAUGCUGAUGUUGUUAUUUGGGACCCUGAUAAGGUGAAGACUAUAACAGCCAAAAGCCAUAAAUCGGCUGUUGAGUACAACAUCUUUGAAGGAAUGGAGUGCCAUGGUGCCCCGCUAGUGGUCAUAAGCCAAGGGAAGAUAGUGUAUGAAGAUGGGAACCUGCACGUAAAUAAAGGAAUGGGCCGUUUCAUCCCUCGCAAACCCUUCCCUGAAUAUCUUUACCAGCGCAUCAAAAUCAGGAAUAAGGUGGGAGGACUGCAAGGAGUCUCCAGAGGAAUGUAUGAUGGGCCUGUGUAUGAAAUCCCUGCUACGCCAAAAUAUGCAACUCCUGCACCCUCAACUAAAUCCUCCCCUGCCAAAAACCAGCCCCCACCAAUCAGAAACCUCCAUCAGUCUAAUUUUAGCUUAUCAGGAGCUCAGAUAGAUGACAACAACCCCCGCCGCACUGGACAUCGCAUCGUGGCACCUCCUGGUGGUCGUUCUAAUAUUACCAGUCUUGGCUGAAAAAUGGUGAUGGACAAAAACACGAGGAGGAAGGAUCAUGUAUCUGUGUUACUGAACCCACAGUUUUACUUGGUACUAAUGGAAAUAAAAAACGAAAUGUCUUUUUUUGGGUUUUUAUUUUUUGUUUUGUUUUUGUUUUGUUUUUGUUUUUUUUUUUGUUUUUUGUUUUUUUUUUGUAAUUUGUAUAGAAAGAGGUGAUAAUAGUGUGGUGUGUUUGCUUGGAACUACUUGACUCACAAUUGUGCUUUCAUGCCAUAGUCACCUUAAAGCAUGGUGCUUCCAUUGCCCCUUUAGUGACCACAGGCUUUAGCUUUGUCUCGUAACUGAAUGAUGGUUCCUUUGCACCCUUUUGCUGUAUUAGAAUAGUUAAUGCAUGUUACUGAGUUAUUUAUGCAAGUUGCAUUCUGUGAGUGAGUCCCUAUAGAACACGUUGCCAACAAUUGACUAGACGCAAUGCCAAGAUUAAUGUCUGUAUUUGAUAACCACCACUAAAAACACUUAUGAAGAAAACGGCCAUCUUGAAAGUAUGCAGUAGAGUAGUAUAGGCAGCUUCUGUUUUAUCUUUAAUUUAUUAUAAACCCAAGAAGCACUUCUCUCAGACACAGAAAAUCAUCAGGACAAAUGACAAAUGGUCUCCGUAGCACCUGUCUGUACCCACUCAGUACGUUCCAAGUCUGUGUCUUCAUUGUUUCCAUUUUAGACCGCGCCAUACUUUAUACAAACCAAUGCCAUUGCCACCCCUGCAGGGAUUUCUCCUCCUGGGCAGUAGUGCUCUCCUUCUGCAUGAGUUUUUUGGUACUUACAGAUAAUUCAAGUUGCCGUCGGAUUUUUAAAGUUUUUUGUACAAAGUUUUUCCUUUGUAAUCACAUGCAUUUUUACUUACUCUACCGUAUCAAGAUCUACUAGUCGUGGUUCUAUUUCUGAAUUCAAAGCUUGUGAAAUAAAGGAAAUUAAUUGAUGGA